AUGGCCCUCGACCUCGCCGGUCGCAUUCGUAACAAGGAGCGCAGUUCACGUGCUCAAUCAUUGGUAAUCGAUGACAAACGAUCAUCAUCAACCGAUCAACCCGCGCUCAACAAAGAGUUUUGGGAGUUGCUCGGAGGGUCCUCGCGACCCAAGGAUAUCCCGCUUGAGGCUGACGACAAGAAACGCGUCAAGGACAUUCUCUACCUACUGGCAAGCAGUAGUAAUGGUGCUGCUGGUGGAGGACUGGCAGCCGAACCCAUUACCCUGCCCAAGAUCGGCCUGACCAAGGGCUGCCUGGAGAGCGCCCACACAUACGUUGUUGACUGCGGUACUGAGGUCUACCUGUGGGUUGGCCGCCAGACCGAUGAUGCCGUGCGCAAGGGCGCCAUGGAGUUGGCCGACGCGCUACUUGCUCAGCGCAAGGGCCGCCCCAAGUGGGUGAGCGUCACUCGUGUGGUGGAGGGCGGCGAGACCGAGUUGUUCAAGGAGAAGUUCGCAGACUGGAGCCGGUCGCUGCCCAUCUCAAUGGCGCCCGUCCCCAAGGGAAGGAUCGCCGAUGUGAAACAAGAGCACUUUGACGUGGCCAAACUGUUGGCGACACGUGACCUCCCUGAGAGCUUCACAGCAGCCGUCGACGAUGCGCGAGGACAGGUGAGAGUGUGGCGCGUCAAGGAUCAUGGAAAGGAGGCAGUGCCAGCGCACCGCUAUGGACACUUUUACUGUGCAGAGAGCUAUGUCAUACACUACCGCUAUCUGGUCAAGAUGAAGGAGCACAAUCUAAUCUACUUCUGGCAGGGCAAGCGAUCGACCAUCAACGAAAAGGGUGAGUCGGCCCGCCUAGCCGUGGACCUCGACGACGAGUUGGGCAGCAUCACAAAGAAGGUACGAGUAGUUCAGAACAAGGAGCCAAUUCACUUUAUGAACAUCUUUGGUGGAUUCAUCAUUGUGCAUAAUGGAGUGGACGAUCGUGAAGAUGAUAGGGACAACAGGGCAAUGUGCAUGUAUCAGGUCAGAUCGUGCAAUCACUUCAAGGGUCAACAUGGAUGGCGCGCCAUUGAGUUGGACGAGGUCAAAGCCAACAAUCCUAAACACCAACGACUGGUUUACCACGACCAUGACAAUGACCAAUAUGAUCUAAUAUUGUGCAAUGAGGGCAAUGAGCCAACAAGGUUCUGGAGUGACAUUGGAUCAAGCAUCAUGGCGGACGCAGAAGCAAGGACGGCAACAUACUUUACAAGACACAUGACCAGUGCGCCAUGGAUGUUCCAGUGCUCAUACUCGAGUGGCCUGUUCAAGAUUGAACGUGUGUUUGAGUGGGACCAGGAGGACUUGGAUAACGAGGACGUCAUGAUCCUGGAUUGUCGUCCAGACAUCUAUCUUUGGAUUGGACGUCAAUCAACACAAGAGGAGCGCAAGAGUUCAAUGACUGCUGUGUUGGAGUAUGACAGUCUGCUUCAUUCUUCUCAAGACCAUGAUGCUGCUGCAGACAACAACAACAACAGUCAUCCCAAUGUAUACCUUGUGGAGAGUGGAUCAGAACCAAAGUCAUUUAUUCAAUACUUCCAUGGCAGUUGGAGGGUCUCAACCAAGUAUUCAUCAUCGCGUAAGACUUCAACAUCAUCUGCUACUGUUGAUCAAACAGUGAUCACUGUAUAUGAGUACCUUAAAGUGUUGAACAGGACUUACACACUGGAGGAGUUGCAGAACAAUCCACCAAGGGCUUUGGAUUCGACCAGACUCGAGACAUACCUGUCGGACGACGACUUCAUGGCGACAUUUGGCAUGGACAAGGAUACAUUCGCACAAGAGAAGCUCUGGAAACAGGAGAAGUUGAAGAAGUCGCUUGGACUUUACUGA